UAAAUAGCUAUAUUUAAGCACAUAUGGUUUUACUAGAAUGUUUGGGAAUAUUCCACGCUGGAAUGCCAGCUGCAGUUAUUACGUGCAAACGCUGUUACGUUUUGACGUAAGUGAAUCACUGAAUCAUUUUAACUGGUUCUUUAAACGAAUUGUUCUAAAGAAUCGAUUCGCGGAAAUGUCACGCUAUUGUUUAUGACCCCACCUAUCGGGUAUUCGUGGAAAAAACACGUAGGCUAUUAUUGUUUAGUUAUCGCUUGCUUAUCCUCUGGUUUUUAUCUCCCAUCCUAGAUAACACGUUUUUAAAAAUAAGUCUUUUUUUAAUUAAAACCUGUUUUGAAACAAACCCUUUGGUAUCUCAGGUAAAUCCGAAAUAUAACUAGUUGACACAUGAUACAGGAAAAUGUCUAGGUUGUAUACAUGCUUAAUCGCAAUGUUAUAGUACAAGGUAAAGUAAUGAACUCAAAUUUCAAAGUUCGGAGUUUGUUGCUAAAGCACAAGCUCACUCCGCACUUCCGCGGCUGUGCCCUCGAUAACACACGCCUUGGUGGGAAAGAAACGGGUGGUGUCGGUCUUCAGUUGUGGAUAUGACGGGUCUGCCUCACCGAGCGCUGUUUUCUCCGGUGGAAUGUACAGUCGAGCCGCACGUGAGGGUUCCUAAUGGCACAGCUGAUGCCCGGAGGGAUUAAAGGGAAGCAACCAAACUAUAUGAGGCAUAUACAGUUAGCCUAUAAUGUCAACACAUGAUCUGAAGUUACAGCACUCAAGUUGUCAAAGCGGAGUGAAAGCCAGCGUGACUUGCUUUAUCCCAGAUCGGGAUGUAUUGUACACACAAACUGACAAAUCACGUUUUCAGAAUGUAAGUGAACAAGAGAAGUUACAUCCUGGACCCCUGGCUCAACACAUCCACAAAAAGAAAAAUUUAGAAACUAGAACUACUGCAUCUUCAUCCUCGUUGCAGUUAACAGGCCAGCUGAAAAGCAGCAGAGAUUUGCAGAUCAGGCAAAUAAUACUCCUUAGAUCUAAGAAAGACUCCAGUAGGACAUCUGAGGAACAAAGGAAAUCUGCCAGAUUCACUUCCACCAUCUCUAUCAGUCUUCCCAACAGAAGAAACAAAAAAGGCACGGCAGUGGAAAAAACACUGCAAGCUACAACUAACUCACAUUAAAGGAUUAGUUCACUUCCAGGAUAAAAAAUUCCUGAUAAUUUAAAGCUGUAUUGAAACUGCAACUCAGAACCACUGAAGUCCAUUAUAUGAAAAAUCAUGGAAUGUUUUCCUCAAAAACAUUAAAUUCUUUGCAACUGAAGAAAGAAAGACAUAUGAACAUCUUUGAUGACAUGGUGUUACAGGGCACAUGAAGCCGUAAAAAACACAGCUAAUCAAAACCACACAGAGCUAAGGAACAUUCUUUCACCAACUGAGCAAUGUGGUGAAUCAACUGGGGAAUUAUUUAAGAAUGGGGAUGGACCCAAAGCAAGCAUUCAUGAAGAUGGUUUUACCACUCUGCAACAGCAUGGACAUAACACACCAAAGCAGGGACAAAAUACAGGAAUACAACACAGCAUAGGCCUUCAUGAACAAAUGCAAAUUGUCCACAACAGCUCACAAAGACAUUCUACUCAACCUGUAUUUGAGGUUCAAACCGAAUUCAACAAGGAAUCUGGAGCCAGCGACUAUAGAAAGAAUGCUGCAACAACUUCACAGUACCACAGUAAUCUGACCUCCUUUGAAGUGGACAAUGGUGCACACCAUUCAGAAGUAGUAAACCAGGUCUUGCCAUUAGGCUCUUUUCCUGCUCUUCAUGACAGUACCCCUGAGCCAGAACCUGGUCUUAUCAAUCCUACAUCAGUUAUGUUGACAUCAGCCCUGGCCUCAGUUCUUGCUCCACCUUGGAGUGGCCGUCUUCGCAGACCCAAGCAAGGUGGCAGUGAAGUACAGUAUGAACUCCAAGAUUGUGGACAGAAUGUCAACCCAUCUACCUUUUUUCGCCAGGAUCAGCAGCAACAACCGUUUCUUCCUUCCCAGCGGCAACCAUCUGAACACAUGUUCAAUCACAAUGAUAUGCAGUUGACUGCAGGAACCAGCUUUAACUCUCCUGACUGGCAAAAAGAGAACAAUUCCCCAAACAUCACAGCCACAAAACAGCCAAAGAGGCCCAUUAUUAAAUCCUCCUCUGUGGGCAUGAUGUACAAUAAUACAGAUUUGCAUCCUUUUCCCACACAUCUGGAAACUCAACAGGUACCAAAUUUGGCUCAUUCAGGGUUCAGAAUAUCAAAAACUGGAGAUGAAAAUGAGCCUUUCAAAUCAUUGAGUUCUAAGCCAACAACAAGCAGCCUACUUCUUUCCUUGAGGAGGUCAAAUUUGAGAAGCACCAGUGCUGAACCCACACAAUCAGAGACCCCAAUGACUAGGUCUGUCAGGUACCUUACAUUGCCUAGCAGAGUUGUUUUGAAAACUCCAUCAUUUGCCCAUUAUGUUACUGCUGAUGACCAAACCCCCGAAUACCCAGACACUCCUGCAAGAACAGAGGAAAUACCAGUCAGUCAGUUCCCUUUCUCACAUAGAAUUAAGAGUAGAGUGCCAUUAAGGAAAUCACUGUUUCUAAACAAACCAGAGACAGAAAUUUCAAUGAGACUCGAUGCUUCUGUUGCAAGAGAAGAGGAAGAAUGUUUCCCAAUCUCCACAACAAAAACCAGCCAACUUGGGGUUCUCAGAGCCCAACAGAGCUCUUAUUCAGAGUUUUUGAGGAAAUAUUCCAGUACAGAGGACACAAAUCCAGUGGAACAAAAUGCUGCCAACAACACCAACCUAAAAAACUCCAGUAUGACUGGACAAAAAGUAACUCCAGAUACCACAUUUUCUCCCAAAGUUUUAUCAAAUUUGAAUGUUCAACAAUCAGGCUUUAAUGUUCAAAAAUUAAAAUCACAAAGUACACACAAUAUAAUAGCCAGUAGUUCACCAGGCACAAGUACCUUCACAGACAGGCUUAACUACUCACCCAGGGAAGACUCUUUUGUUGAUGGAACAAGUCCUACAAAUGUUGGGCACAUAUAUCUGGACUAUAAGAAAUAUUCUCAGUCAAGUCAAAGCACUGUGGAUCUUUCGAGCCCUCUUUCUCCAAGCAGACCUCUCAGAAGUGUAAGAGUACCAAGCAUUUAUUCAUACCUACGGGAGUCCAGCCCGGCUGUGUCCACCCCUUCCCCUUCUACCCCUUCUUCCCACAUACAGAGAGGUGAAACCUCACCUUCUAAACAAGACGGAGGUGUAAAACUGCAGGGUGACCGGAAAACAGUUCCCUCAAGAUUUUCAUUUGACUUCAACCCAUCUGUGCCACAGGUACAAGCAUUACCAAGAAAAUCUUAUGGCUCCAGCUCUCAUAUAGCACCAGCUCAAUCUCUGCCUCCAGAUUUUGGACGAAGAUCAGCACCUCGUCUCAGCACUUCUCAAUAUUCUAGCCUCAUCACCUCCCGACAUACACUCAACAACACUUUACAAGAACUAUCCUCUCCACCAGACUUCAUUAAAGUUGAUCCAAUCUCUUCACUGUCCACAUACACAAGUAUAAUAAGAAGACCAAAGGAACAGUUGGCUUCUCCUAACACAAAACAGAGGACAGCAGUUCAAGAUUAUGCAAGCACCCUAGAUAAUCGCAAACCUGCCCAGCCAUGCCUCUUACAAGCUGCACCAGAUGCAAGUUUUGUCAUGGAAAGCCAAAGCUCAAAUAUAAGAACACACCCAAGGCAGCCCAACACAGGCUCUAACAACUUCUAUCAUCAAGAGCAUGAUGGCUUGAUGGAACUUCAGCUUGAUAAGGGUAAUUCUUACCCCAGGCUGAGUGAAAAAGAGAAGUAUUUAAUACCUGAUAAGCUCACAGUAGAAAAUGAGACUCCACUGACAGCUGAGAAAGAGAUUCCCGCUGUGCGUAUGCAUGAGAGAUUGCAGGAAAUGCAAAGUUCCAAUUCAAAAAAAGGCCUCUUUAGUUCACGAGUUAAGAAAAACAAAGAAGCUGUCUUCUCUUCAGCUUCUUUGCCAGACAAAGAGGUUGUUAGUCCCCAGUAUUUAAAAACCAAAAGACAUUCACCAGUGUUUAAAACAAGCAGCAGGAUUGACCAGGUAUUAAAUCGCUUGAAACUGACAUUUGGUGUCAGACCUUCAGACGGCGCACUUGAUGCACUACCGAAAAAGAACAAGAGUCCCACUCAGCAACCCUCAGAUACUGAGAUUUUUGAAAGUCCCAAGAGAGAGAAAACAUGUUCUGAGAGCCACCCAGAACCUUCUAACUACUCUUUAACAACUGAUAAUACCUCUUUAAAUUCCUUGUCACUACUAACAUCUAAAAAAUCUGAGUAUACUUUAAAUAUGGAUUGGCAAAAUAGAUCUACAACUGAACAAAAGGGUUCUGGGUGCACAUGGGAGGCCCCCAGCUCAUCUUUGACCACUGAUAAAGCCUCUUUUGCAUCUUUGUCACCACUUACAUUAAAGAAAUCGGAUAAUUCUUUAAAUAUGGACUGGCAAAACAGAUCUGCAACUGAACAAAAAGGUUCUGGGUGCACAUGGGUUGCCCCCAACUCAUCUUUGACCACUGAUAAAGCACCUUUGGCUUCUCUUGAGUCCUUGUCACCGUUAACAUUAAAGAAAUCAUCUGAGAAUAAAUUAAAUGUUCGUCAACAAAAGAGGCAUAGCGAUGAAAAUGGAAACCGCUCUUAUGGUAGGAGCUUUAGUCCACAUAAGCUAAAGGCCCAAAGUAUGAAUCGUUCUGCCACCUUGCCACAUUACAGAAAAUCAUCUGUCGGUCCCCCAUCACCCUUUUAUUUGUUUGGUUUCGAUUCAGAAGACAUUCAGAAAGAUAAUGUGUUUUAUAGUCCAGUCUGCAAAAAAACUAAUUCACUGUGUGAGUCUGAUGACUUCUCUUCUCUGAACUCCACCAAGAGUCCUGUGCAGCAAAACCUUGUGAGGUCUCACUUGUCCUCAUCACAUGCUGAUUUAAAGUAUGGUCUACACAACGGACGAUCUUUCUCAGUAAGCAGUGUGGUUUCAAGCCGCCCAUCAGGUCCUGGACGAAUCUCAACAAGCAGCAUCAGCGACCACUCAAGUUUGAGUUCUCAAGUUGACUCUCCAAUGAGUAGUAGCCAUUCUCCAAUCUGUGAUGCCAAAUCUAUCAGUGGUAAACAGUCUGAACCUGGAUAUACAGAUGAUUUUGAUCAUUAUGAUGCAGACCCAACCCCACCUCCAUCACCAACUAUGUCCUCUUCACCUCGUCGGAUAUCCCAGGCACCUUCUGUGUCUUCCCCCAUGUGGACAACUCCAGAAAAUCUGUCUCCUCCUCGUGGAAUCCUGUCAUCGAGGAGCUACACAACCAGCUUGACUGUUUUUGAGGAGUCUGAUUCUGACACCACAACCGAUGAUGAGUACUAUCUUGACAGUUGUGAUGAUGCAGUAGAAACAGAACUUUAGAAGAGAGAAUUCUGUGGUUACAUGUACUGAACAUUUAAGAAUGUGAGGGGGGGGGGGGAUUCUACGCUUAUGGUCUUCUACGACAAAGCUGCAGCAACAUUAUGAAUAUGGAUAUGAAUAGAAGGAAUUAUAAUUAUAUCAGAACUAUAAGGUUAUGAUGAUUUCAUAUUUUUUGUUAAAAAAUUCAAUAUAAUGGGCUUUUUGAAUAUUUCAGUGUUUGAGGUAAACCAUUAUUGAUUUCAUUAUGAAUUCAUAUACAAUACAAUGCACUUUCAUUAUGUUUUUUAUAAAUAUUUUCUGGAUCUUGAGGCUUUGAAAUGUUGAAUUCUCACAUCAUUUCUUUAUUUAGGCCUGCUUCCUGUAAGUUAUUGACUCUUUCAUUCACUGUGGCAUUUGAAAGCACAGCAUGUCAGUUACAAUACAUUAUUUUUUUCUGACAUACAUUCUUUAGUCAGUAGCUGUCAACUAACAAACUGAACACCAACUGUUUAACAGAGGUGUUUUAAUUUUUUUCAACUCCUACUGCUCCUUUAACAAUCAGAGCAAAAAAGAAUAGAAAAAUGUAAGUGCCCCAGUAACACUGAAGAUUCCACAUUAAUUGUGGAUAAGUCCGUAAAGAUGAUGUUACAGAAGUCUGCCAUCCAUUUGAUAUUAUUUGAUAAAGUAUGAAAGUGAUAUUGAAAACUGGCAUCCGCAACUUGUUAAUUUGAGAUUCAAACAUGGCCUCUCACAAUCUAUGCAAAAGACAUACAGGUUGCACUUUAUUUUACAGUACGUGUACUUACAUGUACUUAUAGUGUACUUACAGUGUAUUUAUCUAAGAAAGUUCUGGUAAUACAAGGUAACUACAUUUAGGUAGUUACAUUUAGUUAGGUUAAGGGGUAGCUUCAGGGUUAGUACCUAGUUAUUACAUAGUUAUUGUAAUUACUAUAAUAAGUACAUAAUAUGUACAUGGGGAACAAGAAAGUAGAAUAAAGUGCUACCGACAUACCACUAGAUGAACUAAGCAUUCUUAAAUAAGACCUCACAGUUGCUGUAUAAUUUAAUUGUGCUGUUUGUGUGGGGCUUUCAGUGUAAUUUAAAUUUAUCUUUUAUUAUAACUUAUCAUGCAGGGCAGGGGUUGGGGCAUAAUUUCUCCCCUAGAGCCUAGGGACCUCCAUAAGAUGCAGCACUGCUAACAACACAGUAUAAUGCUGUAUAACAUAGGCCUACAUAUGUAAGGUCCUUUUUGUAAGGGAUUUCUUGAAUGUCUUCAUUAAAUCGGUUAUAUUUAUUAACAUUUAAUAUAUGGACUACACAGUAUUUUUCUUAAGGCAUAAGUAGAAUAAUAUUUAUCACUUAUAAAAGAUUUUAAUAAAGUAUCUGUAAAUGACUAACUUUGCACAUGACUUAAAUUAAUCUGCUUUGCUACAUUUUUAAUAGCACUUUUAAUUUAAAAGUAAACUGUAGACUUAAUAAACUGUAUAAAUUCCUUAAUUACAGCUCAUUAAAACAGGCCGACUCAUGCGUGUCAUGUCACAACCUGCCAUAAUUUUACAAUGAACAGUUAUGACUCUGAGUGAUGCAACUAAUUUGGCCGUCUUAUACAACUCAUGUUUCAGUAAUGGUUGGCAGGUUCGCCGAACAAGGAGCAUGUUCUGUUAUUAAAAUAAAAUAAAGAUGACUGCCUUCUUUGGA